AUGGCAGCAUUUGGGAUGAAACCUUACCUGGGUGAGGCUGGGUGCAAGGUGGUCAUCUGUGUUUACCGAGUGUCCAGAGGGGUCACACUCAGCACCACCUGCCUGCUCAGUGGCUUCCAGACCUUGAAACUCCAGCCCGGUGUGUCUGGCUGUGUGCAGCCCAGGCUGAGGUCUGCCAAGGGCGUCGCUCUCUGCUGUGCCCUCUGCUGGCUUCUGCAUAUCCUGUUCAAUCUGGGUUUUGGAAUGUGGAUAACUGUCCCCAAGGAUAGCAAAAACUUGAGCAUGUACAAGUUCUGUUCCCUUCCUGCCUCAGGAGGAAUAGCAUUCCUGAUAUGGGCUAUGAUAUUCGUCAUCAUAGAUGGCACAUGCCUGGGCCUCAUGGCCUGGGGCAGCGGCUCCAUGCUCCUGGUCCUGCACAGACACAGGCAGCGAGUGCAGUACAUCUGCAGCCACAGGCUCAGCCCCAGGGCCUCUUUUGAGAUGCGAGCUGCUCGCAGCAUCCUGGUCCUGGUGAGCCUGUUCCUCUCCUUCUACUCUCUGUCUUCUGCCUUAUCCCUGUGCAUCAUCCAGGUGGGGACCCCGAGCCCCUGGCUGGUGAGCAUGUCCUACUUGGCCUCCUCUGGCUUCUCCACCCUCAGCCCCUUGUUGUUCAUCUUUAAUGAUGCCCCCUUUGGGAAACUCAAGUUCCGUAGUACAGCAAUAUGCCAUGAGCGGUUCUUCCCUUGGUGCCACAACCCAGGGACCAGGAGGCAAAUGCCACACCCAGUGUCCCCGCAGCCUGAUGCCAAGGCCUUCUCCAUCAGCACAGCAUGA